CAGUACCGGUACCAGCACUCAUGGCCUCUCAGAACCUGGACCCAGCAACAGCAGCAGCUUCCUCCACAGCCGCCCUGAAGGGCAGCGAGAGCGGCGGCAGCGCGGCCAGAGGCGCCGUGUCCAAACGGUUACAGCAGGAGCUCAUGACCCUGAUGAUGUCAGGUGACAAGGGGAUCUCAGCGUUUCCAGAAUCUGAUAAUCUCUUCAAAUGGAUCGGCACCAUCGACGGAGCUCAGGGGACGGUGUACGAGGGCCUCAGGUACAGGUUGUCUCUGGAGUUCCCGGCUGGGUACCCGUACCAGGCUCCUCGUGUGAAGUUCGUCACGGCGUGUUUCCAUCCCAACGUGGACGAACAAGGCUUCAUCUGUCUGGACAUCCUGAAGGACAAAUGGUCGGCGCUGUACGACGUGCGCUCCAUCCUGCUGUCCAUCCAGAGCCUGCUGGGAGAACCGAACAACGAGAGUCCUCUGAACACGGCGGCGGCUGAACUCUGGGACGACCAGGAAGCCUUUAAAGCUCAUCUGCACUCGACCUUCCAGAAGUGAAGCUGCUCCUCGUCUCCGUCUGUCUUCUUCUGUGUCUGUACAAUAUUUUUAUGUUUGUUCACUUACCUGUAUCAAUAAAGUUCUUAAUUCAACACA